CACAGGAGUGUGGCCGGGCUGGCCGGCCUCCCCUCACUUGAGCCUCCCCUGUCAACUCACUCCCACCCCCCAGGGGCCCAGGCCCUGACUGGCAGGAGGACGUCUGCCAGAAGCAGGCAUCCAUUGAAGACUCCCUGCUGGCGCUGAGUAGAAUGCAGGAGAAAGCGAGCUACCUCUUAAUCUGAUUGUGGUAAAGAUAAUUUGGGGCAAUUCCCUGCUGUCAUAAAACAAAACCUCAGCUUUGCUCCCCACACCCCAGAUUGUGGAUUUUCUCAAGGCCAGAUGAUGCCAUCUUGGAGUGCCAAUACUGGCACAUGUCCGUGGGCUUCGCCAGGAAGAAGCUGGGGACAGAACCCAUACAUACCACAUACUAUGGAGCGCAAGAUGGAGUUCUUCCAGAAGCUGGGUUACAGCCGUGAGGACGUGGUCAGGGUGCUGGGCAAGCUGGGUGACGGAGCCCUGGUCAACGACGUGCUGCAGGAGCUGAUCCACACAGGUAGCCGCCCGGGGACCCAGGAGGGUCUACUCAGCAGCACGGGGCCCCUGCUGGUUCCCAGGGGCUCCUGUGGGGCCCUGGACUCUGCCCAGCGAGCACUGGAAGAGGAUGAUGGCGACCUGGCCAGUUCCCUGCGGCCCAUAGUGAUCGACGGCAGCAACGUGGCAAUGAGCCAUGGAAAUAAAGAAGCCUUCUCUUGCCGGGGAAUCCAGCUGGCUGUGGACUGGUUCAGGGACAGAGGACACACGUACAUCAAGGUUUUUGUCCCAUCGUGGAGGAAAGAGCCAACACGUUCGGAUACCCCCAUCAGAGAGCAGCACGUGUUGGAGGAGCUGGAGCGGCAGGAGGUGCUCGUGUACACCCCGUCCCGCAAGGUGAACGGCAAGCGCGUGGUGUGCUACGACGACCGCUACAUCGUCAAGGUGGCCUACGAGGAGGACGGCGUCAUCGUGUCCAAUGACAGCUACCGCGACCUGCAGAGCGAGAACCCCGAGUGGGGGUGGUUCAUCGAGCAGAGGCUGCUCAUGUUCUCCUUCGUCAAUGACAGAUUCAUGCCUCCUGAUGACCCCUUGGGCCGCCGGGGACCCACCCUGAGCAACUUCUUGAGCAAGAAGCCGAGGCCCCCAGCGCCAUCCUGGAAGCACUGCCCCUAUGGCAAGAAAUGCACCUACGGCAUCAAGUGCAAGUUCUCGCAUCCGGAGAGGCCGAGCCGCCCGCAGCUGUCGGUGGCCGAUGAGCUUCGUGCCAAGACGCAGGCCCGGCCGUCGGGUGCAGCCCCGCCGAGCCCCCGGGAGCCCCGCGCGCCCGCCGAGCCCCGCGCCGAGGACCUGGCCACCCUGCGGGGCAGCUUCUCGCGGCUGGCCUUCAGCGAGGACGCCGUGCGCAGCCUCCAGGCCCCGCCGCGCGCUCCCCACCGCGGGCUGCCCGCGCCGUCCGGCGCCGCGGCCGCCCCCAGCCCGGGGCCGCUGGGAUCGGGCCCGCGAUCGGGGCCCCCGGCCCCCCGCGCUCUCCCACCCCCCCGCCUGCAGGUGCAGCUGCCCCGAGGUCGACGGGGCCCCGAGGACGAGGACGCGCCCGGGGACUCGCUUGCCCGGCGCGGACCGGCCGGCGAGCGCCUGCUGAGCCGCUGGAGCUGCGCGGAGCCCACGUGGGGCGAUGGCGCCUCGGGUGGAUCUGCGGUCCUCACCGCCGGAGAGGAGAGGGACGCGCGCGCCCGGGCGCGCACCGGCACCGCCGCGCCCCGCGGCGCCGCG